CUAUACCAAUUAUUUCUGAAAAUGAAAUUAUAGAACCUGAAUUAAAUGAUAAAGAAACAUGUUAUCAAGUUAGCGAUGAUGAAGAAGAAAAUUCUGCGAAUAAUAAUGAAGAUAUAAUUACCGGAGAAGAGAAGCAAAAAUGGGAUCAGUUAAUCCAAAAAUAG